AUGGCCGAGAGGAGAGGAGCAUUUCAGGCCCCAACCUUUGGUCCGGCGUCGAAAAGGCCCAAAGGGGAGGUAAAGAAGAAGGUGGUGAAGUCUCCAGGAAAUGAAGAGGCCAUAAAACCGACCACCAGCUCUGGGGGGAGGGCUGAUCCGCAAGGGCAGUUCCUGACAAGGGAUCUUGCUGCGGCAUUGGUUGAGGUGCGAACUGAGAACAUCAAGAGGCAGCUUGUUAUCGCCUCAGGAUAUUUUCCAGGAGACGCCAUCAGCCCACCACCUGAGGAAGUACAACGCCUCAUCGAAUGGUGCCGCAUAGAGAAGAAACAACUGAUUCUGGGCUGCGAUGCGAACGCACACCACAAAGUAUGGGGCAGCACAGAUAUAAAUCAUAGAGGUGAGGAUUUGCUUGACUUUCUAUUUUCUACUAACAUAGAGAUAGUAAAUGUGGGUAAUAGUCCUACCUUCAUGAAUGCGAUCAGAAGGGAAGUAAUUGACCUUACACUGGCGACACCUUUUAUUGCGUGGAUGGUCAAGAACUGGAGGGUCUCAGAAGAGCCAUCCAUGUCAGACCAUAUGGCAAUAGAAUUCAACGUUGAAGCAACUGCUUCAGCUGAUAUUGAGUGCAGGAUACCCAGGAAGACAGACUGGGAACAUUACAUAGCCCACAUGAGUUCUGAUCUGAAGGGCCUGAAAUACAACAUCAGCUCCAAUGAGGAUCUGGAGAACGCCUCUGCUCACUUCACAUCAUGUCUGAAGAGAGCAUUUGAAAACAGUUGUCCACUCAGGAAUAAAACGAUCUCCAGAGACGUCCCCUGGUGGAACAAUCAUCUUGAAAAGCUCAAGAAAACUGCUAAAAAAGCCUUCAACAAGGCUAAGCGAGAGGGCAGCUGGAAUGCCUACAGACUAGCCCUGACCAACUACGACAAAGAGGUCAGGAAAGCCAAAAGGCAGUCCUGGAGAAGCUUCUGUAAGGGAAUAGAUAAAACGGCCCCAGCAGCUAGACUUCAAAAGGUACUAUUUAAGGAUCACUCAAACCCAAUUGGCCAAAUAAAGAAGCCAUGUGGUGAAUUUACGAAUGAUCCUCAAGAGAGCCUAAGAGCUCUACUAGAGACUCACUUUCCUGACUCCAGGCAGAUUACCAGUGAAGAUGGGGCCCCCGCUGGUAAAGUAUACAACCCCACCAGGUGGGAUUCUCAGAAAGCUGAUUUGUCUGUGUCAUCUUUCAGAGCUAAAGUCAGGGAUGUAGUUUAUAGGGAUCAGUGCGGGCUCAGUAAUCAGUAA